AUGUACUUCGACGGCGCCCUCAACCGCGAUGGAGCCGGCGCUGGAGUCCUCUUCAUCUCCCCGAAAGGCGAACAACUCAAAUAUGUCCUCCAGCUACUUUUCAAGGCUACCAACAGUGCUGCUGAGUACGAAGCUCUCAUCCACGGUCUUCGGAUCGCUGUCACGCUCGACAUCAAGCAUCUGUUGGCUUAUGGUGACUCCAAAGUCGUUAUACAACAAGUUAACAAGGACUGGGAGUGCACCAAGGAGAAAAUGGACGCUUACUGCAGGGAAACCAGGAAGCUCGAAGCCAAGUUUUACAGUUUGGAGUUCCACCACGUCCCUUGGGACGACAAUGUGGCGGCUGAUGUUCUAUCCAAGCUUGGAUCCAAGUGGUCCAUCAUACCACCCGGCGUGUUCAUUGAAGCACUCAACAGCCCUACGGUCAAGAUGGAAGAGGAGCCUCCUACAAAGCCCGACUUGGUCCCGGCCAUAGGGCAGCAGGUCCUAACCCUCGACACCGACUGGCGCUCCCCAAUCAUCGACUUCGUCAAGAACAACAAAAGCUAUCCAAAGGGAAAGGAGCAUGAGAAGCUUGCUCGCCAUUCAAAUCUGGGUACUUCAUUCACGGGCUUCGAGUUUUGGGACUACUGCCAAGAAAGCUGCAUCGACGUCUACUACUCCUCCGUGGCGCACCCCAGGUGCAAUGGCCAAGUUGAAAGGGCCAACGGCUUGAUCCUCUAG